UAAAAAAAAGGUUGUAAUAUAAUAACCGGACGAAUUUGGAAAAAUUAGAUUGUCUUCUAGAGUUAUAAAACUUACUAUUAUUUAUAUUAAGUUUGAGUGUUAUUAUAUUGAUUUGACGUGUAGUGCAUAUGUUGCAUCAUAUGAUAAUCAAAGGAAAAAAAAUGUUUUUUUUUUGAAAUUUACUGAUGAUUGCGAUUUUCAAGGUCAUAUGCUCAUGGCUGUUAAACUUGGAAAUAUUGUUCAAUUUUGGAAACAAAAUGUUUUUGUAGUUGGAAAGUACUUUCAUGUUAUUUAUCGAAAUAACUCUUUUUUAAAAGACGGGCCUGAUUUAAAAGAUUUUAUUGAGAAUGCAUCUUCAGAGGAAUUAGUUCGUAAACCUGGAGCAAAGAGAAUAAGGUUACCUCCCUGGCUAAAAACUGAAAUUCCUGCUGGUAAAGAUGUUUAUAGAUUAAAAAACACUCUUCGAUCAAUGAACUUAUCAACAGUGUGUGAGGAAGCAAAAUGUCCAAACAUUGGUGAAUGCUGGGGUGGUAAGGAAGGCACUGCUACUGCCACAAUCAUGAUUUUAGGUGAUACAUGCACUCGAGGUUGUAGAUUUUGCUCAGUAAAAACUUCACGUCAACCACCUGCUCUUGAUCCUAAUGAACCUAUAAAUACAGCUAAAGCAAUUUCAAGUUGGAAUUUAAAUUAUAUUGUUAUCACUUCUGUUGAUCGAGAUGAUUUACCUGAUGGUGGUUCAAGCCACUUUGCAAAAACUGUGCAAGAAGUAAAACGACUAAAUCCUAAUCUAAUUGUUGAAUGUUUAACACCUGAUUUUGCAGGUGAAAAGAAGCUUAUUUCAACAGUUGCUAGUUCUGGUGUAGAUGUAUAUGCCCAUAAUAUAGAAACAGUGGAAAGCCUAACAUGGUUUGUGCGCGAUCCUCGUGCAACAUACAAACAAAGUUUAAGUGUCCUAGAACAUGUAAAAACCAAUUUUCCCAAAAUAUUAACUAAGUCUAGUAUAAUGGUAGGUUUUGGUGAAAAAAGAGAGGAGGUUGUGACAACAAUGAAAGAUCUAAGAAAUGUUGGUGUGGACUGUAUUACCAUAGGACAGUAUAUGCAACCAACAAAAGGUCAUGCUAAAGUUAAAGAGUAUGUUCAUCCAGAAGUAUUUAAAUCCUGGGAGUUAAUUGGAAAUGAAUUAGGGUUUGCAUAUACUGCAAGCGGACCUCUUGUUCGUUCUUCAUAUAAAGCUGGAGAAUAUUUUUUAGAAAAUUUAGUAAAGCAGAAACAGAGAAAUGGAUGAUAUUUAAAAAAUAUUUUAAUGUUAUUUUUUGUUUUUAUGACAUAUUUUACUUAUAUAUUUUUAUUAAAAGUUUUGUUUCAGUCUUGAGUUGUUUUUCCUUGGUUUUAUUCGAAUUAUCUCUAAUUCUUUUUUUAAUAUUAAAAUUGUAUAAAUAAAUAAAUUAUAAUGGUUUUCUAUCCUAGCUAGUUUUUGCAAUCCCAAAACUAACAGUUUUUUCUGUCUUGUCUCUUGACAAAUUUUUUUUAUGUAUUUAGCUUGUUUUUCAGAAAUUGUUCAAAAUUUUGUAAAUAUUAAAUUUAAAAUGGUUUUUAAUAUAGCAUCAUGUAACAAUAUCUCUGAGGUUUCAAAAAGGUUUACAAACUGUUUUUUUUUUUACUAUUAUCACAAACUAUAUUUAUAAUAUGUAACUAUAAUUACAAUAAAAAAAUUUUAUCAAA